AUAAUUUUUAUCAAUAAUAUCGUUUAUAAUAAUAUCAACAGUACAGACGUGCAGUGAAUAAUAGAGAACUGACUAUUUAGACUAGUUUAUUCAUUAGUCGUUAUUAAAAUAUAACAUGAAUUGGCGCACGCGUUCAGUCAUUUGACGCAAAAAAAAAACAUCGAUAUAGACUAUAGACUCAACGUUUGUUUGUAGAUCAAUUAUUUUCAUUGUUGCCCAAUACAACUGUCGUGCAAUAUAUUAUCAUGGGACCAAAGCCUGAGGACAUUUUGAGCGGAUUUCAAGUGUAAGUGGAUAUUUACCAUUAAACAUUAUAUACAGUAUAAUGUUAUAUAGUUAUUUUUUAUCUUUCAGCAAUUGGAUGAAUUUGAGAGAUGCUGAUACAGGAGUCGUAUUGUGGCAAGGCAAUGAUGAUCUGUAAGCAUAUUAUGAAUAUCUAAUCUCGAUAUGUAUAGUAUGUAUAAUUUAAGUUAUAUAUUUUUUUUAUUAGUUCACUUCCUGACAAAGAACAUGAAGCCAGGGUACCUAAAAAAAUAUUAAAAUGUAGAGCUGUAUCUAGAGAGAUUAAUUUUUCGUCCAUUGAACCUAUGGAAAAACUUCGGCUGCAACAAAAAGUGUUAUUCAAGGUAGAUGACUGUCAAAUUAUUAUUAGUUAACUGUUUUUUUUUAAUUUUAAUAUUAAAAAAUAGGUUAGUUAGGUUCUUAUAAAUGAAUAUUUAAUAAUUUUAAUUCCUUAUAAAUUGCAGGGUCGCUGUCUCGAAGAGUGGUAUUUUGAAUUUGGAUUUGUUAUCCCCAACUCAACUAAUACCUGGCAGUCGCUCAUUGAAGCUGCACCAGAAUCUCAAAUGAUGCCUGCCAAUGUUUUAAAGUGAGUUUUACUAAAUUAAAUCAGUUAUCUAAUAUUCAUUGUUAUACAAUAUUAUAUACAAUUACUUCUUGUUAAUUGUUACACAUUUUUAUUGUGUAUAUGUUACAUACAAAGUCUGGAGUUGUAUAUUUAGCAAUGUGUACAAAAAUCACUACACAUUGUGAAAUAAAAUAAAAUAUGUGAAACUGUAGUAAUAGUUAUUUUUUAAAAGUAUUUUCCUAAUAAAUAUUACAUAUCGGUAUAUUAUAUAAAAUAGAUGUAUCUAGGUCCUUACAUAUUAGUAAACUAUAUUAUUAUUAUCUCUUCUGAGUUGUUUCCCAAGUUAUUUAACAUAAUUGGUGUAAUGCAAUAAAAAUGAUUUAGUUUAUCUAAACGACUUAGAAACAUAACUUAAACAGACUUUAGUACAGAUUAGUGUUUUGUACACUGCACUGUUGUAGUAUUUCAACGUAUAUUAUUGUGAUUAUGCAGUCAAAAUGAGUGCAGUUGAAAAUAAUUUUAAUUUUAAGUUUGUAUGUUGAAAAAAUUAAAAAUAUUAAUUUUAGUGUAAAUUCAAUGUCCAUAAUGUUAAUAAAAAAGAUUACAAAAAAAUAAUAAAUGCCAUACUUGAAGUUAAGCAUUGAACAUAUAAGACUUCAUUAGACUAUAGACUUUGAGUCAUUACAUUGAUCGGAAAAUAAUGAAGUUAAAUACUAUUUAUAUACUGAUGAAAUGUAUACAAUGUUCAUGAAAAGUCACAUAAAGAAACGGUAUGGUGGACUUCAUAAAAUGAUUUAUAAUUUCAAACAUUAAUACAUCACAACUUGUUUUAAAUUAUUUUUAAACAAUUGUAUAAUGUGUUUAAAAAAAGAGGAUUAAUUGUUAAACCUAUAGUAUUUAAUGACGUCAGUGUACGUGAACAGGUCAAUUUAAUUGAUAUGCCGUCUUGCAAUGACUGCGGGUACAGAUUUAUAUUAAAUUACCAGGACCAUUUAUCAACAUUUUUAAUGUGUACAAACACAUAAGUUUAAAGGAAGAUAGCUUUCCCUAGGCGUUGGUAGGAGUUGCAACCCCAAAGUUGGUAUAGACAUUGUUAAUAUGGACAUUAAUUAUACUAAUAAAUCAUCCCUAUUCCUAUUAGUUCUAUAUCAUGAUCAGCAAACACAAAUGUUAUUUGUUUACCUGAUAUUAAUUAUUGAAUAAUGAAUGAGUAUUAACAGUAAUGUGAGUAGAAGCUGCUUAUUAAAAACACGAAUAGUUAAUACAAUCACGUUAUUGCAAAGAAAAUGUAUGGGUAGGGACUGAUUAUGUUUUAAAAGUAAUCGUUUAUUAGAAACAAUCGGUUAAUUGACAAAUUUCUCCUCAGUCCCAAAGUAUUCCUAAUAAGCGACUUCUACUGUCAUUUAUAACUAUAUUUUAUAAAACUUAUAUCAGUAUAAUAGAUAUGAUAAGUAUUAUAAAUUGAUUCAUAAUUUUGAAUUUGUUAAAAUACUUAAGUAAAAUAUUGGUCGUUCUGCAAGCAUAAUUUCUAUUACUGGAAUUGAACCAUUAGAUGGUAUUGUAUGUAGGCACUCUCCCUAUAUUUGUGUUUGGCUUAGUAUUAUUUAUUGAAUAUUUUUAUGCUUAGUGAUGACAUGAUAUGAUGUCCAUUGUUUAAUUUAAAACAUAAAAAAAUGUACACAACUUAAAAAAUUACAUGUUUCAUAGUUUUUUUGUUGUAUCUCAAAAAAAUGAAUACAUAUGACUUAUUAUGAAAAUAUUAUUAGACUUGGGAUAAAAAAAAAUCUAUGUUCUUGCUGUUACAGCCUGCCCAGUAACCAAUACCAUUUUUGCGCGGUUUUUAAAAUUUAUCAUUUUUAGGAUUAUUAAAUUACCAGGGUUCGUAAGUUUAUGGCCUAAAGUAUGCCUAAAUAAGCAUGCAUUAAAAAUUGACAAAAUAUGUUAUACAAAUUUUAGAAAUAUGCUGUUUUCUCAUGUAGCAAAUUAAACAUGCAAAUGCAUGAACAUACGAGCCUUGUAGAUUACUAUGCUAUUAUUUUUAAUUAUUUAAUAUCAAAUAUUAAUUUAUAUUUAUAUACAUUUUUUUCAGUGGUAAUAUUGUGAUAGAAACAAAUUUCUAUGAUGAUGAUUUGUUGAUAUCUUCAUCAAAAGUCCGACUAUAUUAUGUAUAAACAUCAAGAUAUUCAAUGUUGUGCACUACUCAAACUUAAAUAGAUAAUUUUUGCUUGGCACGUGAAACCGAGAACACGGAAAAUAAGUUCCCACUGCUGUGAUUUUGUUUAGUAUUUUAAUCUAAUUCAUUUUAUAUAUAUAUAUAUAUAAUUUGUCUUUUUAAUUGCUUUAAGUGUUUAAUUUUAUGUUUAUGCAUUUGAACAUUAUAAAAUAGAAAAAUUAUGACCAUGCAGUGUCAAUAGUAACAACUGCACGUCAGUUCUGUACAUUUGAUUUAUUUCUAAAUGAUGAUGCAAUGUACACAAAUAUUGAACUCUUUAAUAAUUAAUGAGUAUCUAUUUUGUUUUUAUAAAAACUUGUCACUUGUAGAUAAUACAUACUAUUAUAAUAACAUUUGACCAAGGUUGUGAAUCCCUUAUUGGUUUACAUUAUUUGUAUUUUUACAAGACUGUCGAGUGCUGGUCAAAUUAUUGUUGUCUGGCACAUACAUUAUAAUAUUGUACUUAUAACAAAUAAAAUGUUUUAAUUCUUACUCAAUAAAUUAUAUGAGUUAAAUAAUAAUCAACUAUAUUUUAUUAUGUGCAGUAGAAAUUGUUUGUAUAUAUUAGUAUAUGUUUAUCAAAUACAAUUGUUUAGUUCCG